UGGCCUUUUGCCACCGGGAGGGAGGGAGGGUGGGAGGGGUCUCCCUUGGGUCAUCCUCCGCCCCAUGGGCCUGAUCUCUCCUCCGGCGCCGCCCCCCUGCCAGGACCCCGAGGGCUGCUGCCUGGAGCUCCACGAGACCCUGGUGGUCCUGGUGGCCCUCAUCCUCCUGGUCCAGGUGGCCCUCAAGCUCCUCACCCUGAUCUACUGCUAUCUCUGCCAACUUUUGCACAGUUUCUGCGCCAUGAUCAUUGCCAAAGAGUGUCAAAGAUCGAGACCACCAGCUCCCGCUGUCACGAGGAAAAGCCACAGCCGCAAGCGUUGGGGCCGGUGGUCCGAGUCGGACGUCUCCCGCCAGAAACGCUGCCCGCGCUGCGUCCACUGCACCCUGGAGCCGCUCAAGCUGACCAUGAACGUCCAGAACGAGGACAAGGAACCCCGCCGAGCCGGACGGAGGCCGUACGCCGACUACCCGCCGUGCGAAUACUGCGAGUGUGAACACCACCACCCGGCGAACCCGCCCCCCACGGCCCCCGCUGUUGUCCGGUACCGGGACGUGGCCUGCGGGACCUCGGAGACCAUGUUUUACCCCGGGAGCAACGAGCGCCGGAACACCAUCGGGCCGGCCACCGAGAUGCAGUACCAGGACGUCGAAUACCCCGCCGGAGCCGGCACCCGGACCCGCCGCCCUACCAAGGUCUACAUCUAUCCGGUCCACCCGCAGACGCCGCCCGGGAGCCGGGCGGCCAGCCCCGAGAGGGCCUACCGGCGCCGGGGGACCGUCACCGAAGAGGGGCCCGAGUACGAGGUCCGGGAGCAGCGCCGGAGGUCCCCCCGGGAGUCCACCGCACCGGUCACCGCCUCGCCGGGCCUGACCCGCUUCCAGAACCUGGCCGCCAGCGUGGCCGCACAGACCGAGGGUGCCGGAGCCAAGUCCAAGACCACGCCUGCCUGGCCGGACCUCACGGGGGGCUCCGACUGGGUCUACCGGCCCCUGAAGUAGAUGGAAGCACAGAGAGCCCCAGAGGAAGAAGAGCCCUUCGACACCCCGUCUUGACCCAUCUGCCGGGUGGGAGAGAAUUAAAGCACAAAAGGGAAA